CGGGAAUGCAUGAGCGCUGCAGAUGCGGACAGUAACCAACCUCUCAGAAACAUGAACCCCGACUGCAAUGAACAGUAUUUUCAUAGGUAUGAGGAUAAUACAGAGAGGCAGACUUUCACUGAAGCAGAUGAGGGGCCAAGGGUAGAAGCUGUUUACACAGGAGAGGGGAUCUUUCAUCAUAAACAGAGUGCAAGUGUAAUGCAGGUUACAGAGCAGAUGUCUUUGCAAGGUAAAGAAGCCCCAAGGUUUGAGUCUGUCCACAUUAAAGAGGAGGCACCAGAACAGGAGGCCAUUUUCAUCACAGGGGACAUUUGUAAAGAAAGUAAAGUCAAUAUACUGGAUGAGAAUAUAGUUAACCUGGGCUCUAAGCAUUGUGUUUAUUGUCCACCUGAAUUGGUCCACAUGAAACCCAGUCAGCAUGUCUCUGAAGACACUUGUUCGAGUGCUGGAGGAGAGGGCACUGUGCUGGGGUCCAUUCCGAGGAAACAUCUCACCCCUCAGGAAAGAGCUGCAGGUGGAAAGGAGGAAGGAGCAGCGUCGUCCACUAGCAGCACAGCGUCAGAUACAGGAAGACACAACUCCACUGCAGCACCCCAGGGAAAAAUCUCUUCUGAUGGCAAAAUGCAUCGUAAGGAACACAGAGAGUCGUCACCCCAAGAUGAAUAUGUGAAGAAACUGAAAACACACUCAUUUCAAAAUCUUUCUGUACAAGACAGCAGUUCACUUGCUCUGGGUUAUAUAGUGACUCCACAUCCUGAGGUUGUUAAUAAUUCUGCAACCCAGGGCAACUUCAUUCCCCUACAAACUCCUCAGCAGAUUCCUUCAGAGGAGAUCUUUUAUCACUGUACUGAGUGUGGCACCAACUUCAGUGACCUGGGAAACCUGAAAGCACACCAACAGAGUCACAAAGAACAGAAACCCCAUCACUGUACUGAAUGUGGAAAAAGCUUCAGAUGGGUAGGUGGGCUUAUAACCCACCAGCGUAUUCACACAGGAGAGAAGCCCUAUCUGUGUACUGAGUGUGGGAAGAGAUUUAAUAAAAAAUGUAGCCUUCAAUCACACCAGCGAAUUCACACGGGCGAGAAACCGUUUCACUGCUCUGAUUGCGGGAAGAGAUUCAGAGGGUCAAGCGACUUAAAACUACACCAGCGAAUUCACACUGGAGAGAAACCAUAUCAGUGCCCUCAAUGUGGGAAGAGUUUCAGUUGGAGAAGCAACCUUAGAAUACACCUCAGAAUCCACACAGGAGAGAAGCCUUUUGAGUGUACUGACUGCGGGAAGAGAUUUGUAGACUCAAAUAAUCUGAAGAGACACCGUCGAGUUCACAGAGAUUUAAUCAGUUAGGACACUUAAAAAAACAAUGCAGUUUACAGAAAGAAAGCACCUCACUCACACCAGAAUACCAACACAGACCCAUAUGAAUCUGUCUGUUUCUGUUGCAAAUAACUGUUAAAGUUAGAUCUGAAAAUUACUGGACUGCAGUUUAUGGAAAUAAUUAUAGCCCUGUGAUCUACAGCACCUAUAUAAUGUGAGAGUUGUGUGUGAAUGUACUGCAACACAUGGAAAAGCAGCAGGACGACGGUUACUAUUCAAGGAGCAGGUGUCCUUGUAACUGGCUUAUUCCUCAGUGCAGUGGCUGCAUUGACCGGCGUGCCUGUCAGGACAGUCCUGGGAGUUCCUGGAAUGGUGACAUUUGCAGAAAGACAUCAGCAGGAAGAUAGACCUGUGAUAGACAGACGUGUGUCGUGCAUUGUGAUGAGUAGGGCUCUGGCAUUUGACAUGACCUGUUUUUAAACCUGUAAUUUAGUCCUACAGACACAAGAUGUCGCUAUUACCUCCACUGCAAGCCACAGAUUAAGAUAUGCAGAUUAAUAAACAGAACAGUGCAGACUGGCUACUGAUGUGCAUUUAACCCCUCACAUCCGUGUGAACACCCAGACAGGAUUUUAAAAGGCAUGUUUUUUGUUAAGUAUUAUUUUAUAGAACUCAAAAACGUAAAUAGAUUAUUUAUAGGUUUUAACUGACACUUUUACACAAAUCAUUUUGUAAAAAUAAAAUUAUAAUUUCCUUGAUACGUGGAUCUCAAUGGGUACAAAUGUUAGUCAACAGAAGGGAAGAUAUUGUUUUUAAUGGAUUUCCCUAUUCUGGCACCGAUCUCUGAACAGUAUAGAUAAUAUAACCAUUCAUUGGAAAUUGGGCAUUUGAUAGAUUAUGUAAAAUAUGUAAACUGGGUAUUUCUUCUGUGUUUUGUUUUUAUUGGUUUUGUUUUGUUCUUCGAAUAUAAAAACAAGUUGUUCAUAAAGCACCCACGAGUGCUGUUUGCAUGAAAGACAAAAACAAACAAUUCUCAGUUCUUGUGCAUUAUAUUUUGCUAUUAAACUUGAGCAUCAUCAGUUGGUUAACCUGGUCUUCUUUCAUGGAUUGCUGUGUGUGUCCAUAUGAAGAAACACUUCUUUCAGCAUCCAUGUAAUUGGUAAUAACUGACAAACACAUUAGUCUUUGUUGCAAAAUUGGGGAAUAGUUCUGCAUUUCUCCAAAUUGUGGUGAAAGAAAUUCCACUGCCAUUUUUGUUUGCAUGUAGUUCAGAUCCCUGAUUUACAGUAAGCAUCAAACCCUGGAAUACGAUUUAACUAGGGUUGAUUUAUCCAAACUACAAACUUUUUUGUAGCGAGUGUGAUGAGAGGAAAGUACAGCAUUGGGGCGCUGAGGAAGUGCAGGCUAUAGUUUCUCUGUGGGCAGGUAGAAGUGUUCAGGAAGAAGAUCUAGUCGUGCCCUAGAAAUGAGAAAGUUUAUGCCCGAGUUUCAGACGAUUUGAAGCAAAUGGAAAUAAACCGUGGGUAUGGUACACUUAACAAGACACUCAGAAACACAGAAUUCUACCAAAUCUCUCAUCUAGAUAGAUAGAUAGAUAGAUAGAUAGAUAGAUAGAUAGACAGA